UAAUCCAAUGCACAACGCCGUUUCUUCUGCAUGAUAAUGACACAUUUUCGAGGGCAGAUCCGCGGACCUCAUUGGGGACCUGCAAUGGAUAACAUGCUGAUAGAGUUCUGGCGUAAACAUGAAUGUCUUUUUAAUUCGUCCAUCGAGUCUUACCACGACAAAGAUUUGAAGACGAAGCUAUGGUCAGAGUUUGCGAUGUCUAUCGGAAAGCCCGCAUCAGACGUUGAAAGAAGAUCCAGAUCUCUCCGUACUCAGUACGGGAGACUUUUGUGGCACCCUGAAAGAGUCAACACUUUCCAGCAAAGGAUGCUGAGGGAGAAACUUGAUUUCUUGAGACCGUAUAUAGUUCGCAGAAGAGUUGAUGCGUCUCUAGAAGGGAAGUUUGACGACGAGGAAGACGAUGACGAAGAAGUGGAGACCGAAGGUAGCAUUGACCAGGAUACAGUGAGCAUGUUUGGCAGUCCAUUAGACGCAGAUGUUUCUUGUCCGGAUCCCACUUACGGGCCGCAGCUCGUCACCCCUACUAUAUAUACUUCAACCAACUACUGUCCACCAAUGCAACCUAAAGUUGCAGAGGUCACAUCUUUGAGUUCUAACAGUCAAAAUGAUGAGAGUCCCUCUGACCCACGUCUGUCUGGUCGAGUUUCAGUUGUCCCAAAACAUGAUAUACUUAACCAGUUUGCAGAGGUUAUGUUGGCAGAUAUGCAGCUAAUUAAAGAUCCUUUCCUGCUCAUGAGACUUCGCCGCGAUAUCACUGACCUAGUAUUUAAAGCAGUGGAAGAGGACAUAGAGAGGCGACAAGGCUGGUCAUCUUCCAUCCCUGCAUCAAGGGAGAAUGUGCAGUUACACAACUCCACCAGGCCCCACGAAAGUACACCUUUGAAGAUGAACCUCUCUCGAAGGCAAAGAUAUUUUGAAAGAAGAAGUAAAGGGUCGUUGAUAGGAAGGAGGAGGUGGGAGGAGCUGCAACACCUGAGACGAGUGUCAAGGAGUCAAGGGAUGCAGCCUGUGCAACAAGGACAAGAGCUAGAGAGGAUAGGUGAAACAAAUCCUCAGGUUGCCGUCCAGACAUUUGAGAUUAAAGGGGAGCCUGAACCAGGUAUGGUCAAAAUUGAGGAGGAAACACUACCAGUGGUUUGAAGUAUCCACAGUUCCCAAAAUAAUGGUAAAAGUGUUGGAAAGUGUCCUGAAAUUUACUGGGUCUGUA